AUGAACUUUAACAUUCAAAUCUUCGUUCAUCCUCAGCAGCAUCAAAUAAUCCGUCAAAGCCUACCUCCUCAUACUACAGCACUACUCGCGGCCAACCCAGUGAAAGUGGCACUAACAAUGCAGGCACACGCAUCAUCUGAUCCCUUGAUCGCCCAAGAGGAGACCAAAUCCUCAUUCCCCGGAGUGAUUCACAUCCAAGACGCCGUCGCGGCCAAAGACUUCGCGCUCAGUACCUACACCCAGCCUAGCUGUCCUCGCACGCUAGUCGUAUGGGCCGAUGGCAAUGGAGAGCCGCGAUCUCUCGUGGGGCCGGGACGAGAUCCUCGUAGAGUUGGACCUUGCAGCUCGUUGAAGCACGAGUGGAGAUUCGAGGCACGUCGUCUACGAAGGGAAGCAAAGAGGGGGUAUAGAGAGACGAGAGAGCGAGAAGGAAAGCCGCUGAAGCCGACAGCCUUGGAAAGAGUGACACUGUGGGCGCGGAAGCGACGUCUCAGGAAGGCGUCCGGAGAGCUGAAGGAGGAUGAAGAGUUUACCAUCGACGCAAAGGAGAAGAUUCUGGGAUGGAAGGAUAUAUACCAAGAACUUGCAGAGGGCUACAUGCACGGCAAGAACGACUCCGAUGGGCGCUCAUGGGGGGCGGGCAACGCCGAUGAGUCGUCAGCUCGUCGGGCGCUUGGCGCUUCUGGAAGGGGCGACGAUGAACAUGCAGCUGCAAACUCUGCUGUGAGCGUGGGAGGCGCGAACCAUGGUCAUCGCGCGCUCUCGAGACACGGUCGAAUGGUCGCGGCUGUAGAGAGCCGAGGCCAGAGACAGAUGCACGCGUUUGGCAUCGCUUUGGGACAGAGGUCCGGCGUCAUCAGCCACUGCGGUGAGGGGAGUGGAGCUGGGCCGUCGCAGCGCAAGGCGGCGAUGUGUUGGCAGCAGUUCAUUGCUGCUUGCGCCGUUUGCGUCAUCGCGAUGGCUUUGUGUGCCAUGGCGACUGCGCUGAGGCAUUUCCUGCCGUGUUUGCAUCGCUGCAUCACGGCGCCGCGAUGA